UGAACGUCACAACCGUCACAACUUGCAGAGCGCUAGCGACCGGGCGCGCGCCACACUUCCUCAUUCGACAGAAUCACAGAGUGAAAAAAGGAGCGAGGAGGAAAAAAAGGAGCAACUUUCGUCGAGCUGCGGUGAAAAAGAGCCAACGCUGAGUGUGCAGGACGAGAACAGGAGCUCCUGGCACUCAUCACCAUGGCUCCUUUCUUAAGGAUUGCCUUUAACUCGUACGACUUGGGUGUCUUACCUCCACCAAGUGACCCACCCUUCUGUGCCAUUAAGUUGAAGGAAGCUUUAAGAACAGAACGAGGUAAAACACUGGUUCAGAGGAAACCAACCAUGUACCCGGCCUGGAAGGCAUGUUUUGAUGCACACAUCUAUGAGGGUCGUGUGCUCGAGGUGCUGCUGAUGAAGACGGCAGAGGAGCCACUGGCCGAGGUCAGUGUGGGCGUGUCUGUCCUUGCUGAGCGCUGCAAGAAAGCUAACGGACGUGCUGAAUUCUGGGUGGAUCUCCAUCCUUCAGGGAAAGUGAUGAUGGCUGUGCAGUAUUUUCUGGAGGGUGUGGAUACAGAGAUUAGGAAUCCUGCGAAGGAGGAAGAGGUUCCUACCAUAAACCGUAGGCGAGGAGCCAUCAAGCAGGCAAAGAUCCACUUCAUAAAGAACCACGAGUUCAUUGCCACAUUCUUCAGGCAACCGACUUUCUGCUCUGUGUGCAGAGAGUUUGUCUGGGGACUCAACAAGCAAGGCUAUAAAUGCCGACAAUGCAACGCAGCCAUCCAUAAGAAAUGCAUAGACAAAAUCAUAGGCAGAUGUACUGGUACCGCUGCCAACAGUCGGGAUACGAUGUUCCAAAAAGAGCGGUUUAAAAUCGACAUGCCCCAUCGUUUCAAGACCAACAACUACAUGAGUCCCACCUUCUGCGACCACUGUGGGAGUCUGCUGUGGGGUCUCGUCAAGCAAGGCCUGAAGUGUGCAGAUUGUGCCAUGAACGUUCACCACAAAUGUCAAGAUAAAGUCGCUAACCUUUGUGGCAUCAAUCAGAAACUACUCGCUGAAGCACUAACACAAGUCAGUCAGAAAUCCUCCACCCGUCGCUCCGACCCUAGCCUCUCUAACCUCCCUAACUUGUCUGAUAUUGGAAUAUACGAUGAAGUGAAUAAACUGGCUGGACUUGACAUCACCGAUGGUUCUCCCUACGGCCAACUGUGGGAAGGCUCCACCCCUCGACCACAGUCUCGUCUCACCCACCUGACCCGUAUCAACGUGGACCACUUCAUCUUCCAUAAGGUGUUAGGAAAAGGCAGCUUUGGGAAGGUCCUCCUGGCAGAGCUGAAGGGUCAUGGAGAGUAUUUUGCCAUAAAAGCUCUAAAGAAAGAUGUUGUGCUGAUGGAUGAUGAUGUAGAGUGCACUAUGAUAGAGAAGAGAGUCUUGGCUUUGGCCUGGGACAACCCCUUCCUCACCCAUCUUUACUCCACUUUCCAGACAAAGGAGCACCUGUUCUUUGUGAUGGAGUAUCUGAAUGGAGGUGAUUUGAUGUUUCAUAUUCAGGAGAAAGGACGCUUUGAGCUUUACAGAUCCACGUUCUACUCCGCUGAGAUCAUUUGUGGUCUUCAGUUCUUGCAUUCCAAAGGCAUCAUCUACAGAGACCUGAAGCUAGACAAUGUGAUGCUGGAUUAUGAGGGGCACAUAAAGAUAGCUGACUUUGGUAUGUGCAAGGAGAAUGUGUUUGGAGAGAAUCGCGCCACAACUUUCUGUGGUACCCCUGACUACAUUGCUCCAGAGAUCCUGCUCGGACAGAAAUACUCCUUCUCAGUGGACUGGUGGUCGUUUGGGGUCUUGUUGUAUGAGAUGCUGGUCGGACAGUCGCCUUUUCACGGCGAUGACGAGGAUGAGUUGUUUGAGUCCAUUCGAAUGGACACUCCUCAUUAUCCCCGCUGGAUCAACAAAGAUACUAAGGACUUGCUUGAGCGGCUGUUUGAGAGAGACCCCACACAGAGGCUAGGAGUAGUGGGUAAUAUCCAAUCACACGACUUCUUUAAGGUCAUUAACUGGGAAGCCCUGGAGAGGAGGGAGAUUGAACCACCCUUCAAACCCAAAGUGAAAGCACCAAAUGACUGCAGCAACUUUGAUCGGGAGUUCCUCAGUGAGAAGCCGCGGCUUUCCCACAGCGACAAGAACUUCAUAGAUUCCAUGGACCAGUCUGCGUUUGCUGGUUUCUCCUUCAUAAACCCCAAGAUGGAGCAGCUUUUAGAAAAGUGAUUAUUUAACAACUCAGGAGACUCUCCUGUUGUUCAUGGAACGGUUCACUUUACUCACAAACGAGAUGCUCUUGAGUCAGUAUUUAUGUAUGUUUGUUUUCUUUUGGAGCAUAAGCUUUUCACCUGUGGUACACAUAGAAACUGGUCGUCGUACUGUAUAUAUGGAUGCUGUACUGGUGGGCAUGCUUAUUAAUGUACCAGGCGUUAAAAGCCUGUGUGAGUAACAAUAUAAUGAUAGGAAGCUGAAAAUCCUUACAGGUCACAUGACAUCACCACUUCCAUCUGCACGCAUUUUUCUUUUUGACAUGCAGCUCAAUCAAGCUGGGGAUGGAUCGUUAUGAAGGGGAAAGCGUAAACCAUACGUAUAUUUACAUCAAAUCUAGAUGAAGUGUGUAGAUGAGGUGACUGCAUGUAUAUGACACGAAACAACUUUAAAAUAUAGAGGAAUUUAGAAUCUUGUGCUUAGCUUGAUAAAUUAACGGAACAGUGUUACGAUCAAAUCUAAAUACCAGCAGCUGCACUCUGCUGUAUAGACAGACCCUACAGAGUUCGUGCUAGUUACAUGACUGGGUCAUCAUUAAAUGAUGUAUAGAUGUAUAUUGUUGUACGUGUAUAUUGGUUCACUAAGAUGUACUUUUUAAAAAUCAUCUCCAUAUUUUUCAUCUGAUUAAAGAAACCCAUCAACUCUCAA